GGCGAGAACUUACCAAACAACUUGACAGUGCCUUUCCUAACACUACUAGCUUUCCUAAGCUUUGAAAAUACCUUCUGAACUGCAGACCUCUUCUCCUUCCCAAUAUCAGAAGUUGCGGCGACCCCAUCGCUAGCAUCUACAGGGGAAGCAGCGAUUUCCUUCUUCUCUGCCGGAAGGUCCUGAGACGAAGGUCCUGUAGUCCCAGCCGAGGUACAGGGGCUAAGCGCCAAAUCGACCACUCCAACCUCUUUGAAAAUCCCAACGAACAAAUCCGUGAGGUCAUACUCCAAUUUAGUCUCUCUGAACCCGACGAGGCUAAAACCAGCUUCCCCAGUAUCCGUGCUGGCAUGGGAGGAGAGGGUGGAAGAACUCGCGGCGUGGCUCAAUUCUGUGUUGGAGGGGAGGAGGCAGAGGGCGGUUGUUCUGGUUCUUGGGGUAAUAACUGUGCUUUUGAAAAUCUUGCAGUGCCCAUAUUCUUCUACCUUGGCGGCUGGUGUCUUUAUCUGGGAUGGGAGGGGAAGGCCGAAGGUGGAUUUGGUGAUGGCUACGGUGCCUUCGAGGGUCGAGUUGAGAUCUUUGAGAUGUAGCGAGUGGUCAUACGGGUGUACAUUCUCGACCAAUUCCUCCGUCGAAAUAGUAGUGUCCGGGGCUUUUACAAUCACCACAUCUUGGGGGGUUUCAAGGAGGGACUUGUUCCUGUCGUCGGCUUCUGGAGGGGAUUUGGUCUCGAGGUUUGACAGGGGUUUUUCGAAAUCAAACUCAUCGUCGAUAGGAAGAGGGGUGUUGACAGCAAGUGAUUGGGCGAGCGAUUCCCGGCCGGAUAUUAGCUGUGGAGAAACCGAAGUACUAGCAAGCACAAUCUGUGGCUCCUCGGACAGCAGAACAUGAGGCUGGCAGAGCAUCCCGACCGGCUUCUCGUCGGUAAGUAUGGCCUCAGCCGAAACAGCCCUGCCCGAGGAUCCCGCAAUUCCAACAUCUCGGCUGGCAUCAAGGAGGGAAUUACUUUCGCCGAGAGCUCCUGGAGGGGAUUCUGUCUCGGGGAUCGACAAGGGAUGUUCGGAACCAGAUUCUGUAUCGGCAGGGAGGGGUGUGUUGACGGCGAGUGAGGGAGUGAGUGAUGCAUCCUCAGAACAGAGUUCAUCGUCUGGGAGGGGAGUUUUGAUGGCGAGGGAUAGAAAAUGGGCUAGAUCCCUGGAACUAACGUUGGAAGAGACAAUCUGAGCCUUGAAAGCCUGGAAAAGAAAAGGGUUAUCAGUAUCGGCCCCAACAGUAAUCCCAGGUGUGUGAGCACUUACGACAACUUCAUCUUCGGGUUCCUCGGUAACUUCGUCUGCACCAGUAAGUCCAUUAGCUCCCACACUGUCGAAUAUAACUUCCGGGGAAGUCAAAAUAUUGGAAAAUUCGGUCUCUGGCUUCUUUGCUAAUGGGACGCAAUCCUGGUGGAGCAGCUUGGUUGGAUUCCCAUCCGUAAACACGGCCUCUGUCGAAACCAUGCUUCCCGGGAAUCUUGUAGCCGUGACAUCUUGGGGAGCUUCGAGUAGGAGUUUAUUGCCAUCACUAGUUUCUGGAGGGGGUUUGAUUUCGAGGAUUGACGGGUGGCUUUCGGAAUCAAAUUCAGUGUCGGCGGGAAGGGGUGUGUUGGCAGCGAGUGAGAGAGCAAGAAGAACAUCCUCAGAACAAGGCUUGGUAUUGUGGAGGAAGGGGUCUUUGAGGUUGGGGGUGGGUUCAGUAAUUAUUGGAAUGACUUCGUUCGGCGAGUUGUGUUCCUGGAUAACCUGGGAUUGGCUAUGUUGA